AUGGCUAAUGCUGGUCUGAUACCCCGUCUCAUUCAAACUAACCAGUUUGAGUGUGCGGCUAGAACAUAUCUGUUGCAUUUAGUUGGCUGCACUAUUUUCGCCGAUAAAACACAUACGCAUGUUGAGGCGAAAUACAUUACUCUUUUUAUUGAUUUACAUCGUUGUCGAGACUACCCGUGGGCUUCUGCGGCAUUGGUUUUCCUUUAUGACAACUUGGGAGAUGGAGUUGUCCACGACACUCGUCAGGUGAGAGGUUACAUGACCCUACUACAGUGUUGGAUUUACGAGCACUUCCCUAGGAUCUAUAAGCGGGGUGAUAGAGGAGCGGUUCCUGCGCAUCUUCCAAGAGCAUGUAGGUGUACUGCAAAACAUGUUGUUGAAGGUGGAUUGAUGGCAUAUCAUCAGAGACUUGGUGCGUUGUUGCUCAAGGAUGUAGUGUUUACACCAUAUGAUGAUGAUCGAGCUAAUCAUCCGUUUGUAUCGAUUUCGAUGUUUUCUAGAUAUCUUCGAUGUGAUGGAGUCUCAGUCUCAUAUUUGCUAGAGCGAUGUCUUCGACAGUUUGGUCGUAUUCAGUGUAUUCCGUGUGACGUUCCUCCGAUGUCGGCCAGUAUAGAUUGGGUCUGGAAGAGUACUAUGAGAUCAUCUGUAGAGACCUUUCGGAGACUAUAUCCUGUUGCAACUUUUCCUGGAGAGGUCACUGCAGACUACUAUGCAUGGUACAUUAGUGUUUCACAUCCUCUGAUUCUCCCUCCAUCCACUGUUGCACCUUCGAGUCCACAUACUACUGUUGCUGCACAUGAUGGCCCAUCAUCUUCUGCACAUGCUAGUAAAUGA